AUGGACACCUCCUCUUCUUCAUCCUCCAAGAGCAAGAAGCCAAGUUCGGGGCUCAGGCGCCCCGAAAAACCCCCGUAUUCCUACAUCGCUUUGAUAGUCAUGGCCAUCCAGAGUUCUCCGACCAAAAGACUGACCCUCAGCGAGAUCUACCAGUUCCUCCAAGCCAGGUUCCCCUUCUUCAGAGGCUCCUACCAGGGUUGGAAAAACUCUGUACGCCACAACCUGUCUCUGAAUGAGUGCUUCAUCAAGUUGCCCAAAGGACUGGGCAGACCUGGAAAGGGCCAUUACUGGACCAUAGACCCUGCCAGCGAGUUCAUGUUUGAGGAGGGCUCCUUCAGAAGAAGACCACGAGGAUUUCGGAGGAAAUGCCAAGCUCUGAAGCCCAUGUAUAGGAUGAUGAAUGGUAUAGGCUUUAGCACUUCUAUCCUUCCCCAAGGAUUUGAUUUCCAAGCCCCACCUGCAUCCCUGGCAUGUCACAGUAAUGGCUACAACUUAGAUAUGAUGACAAACUCUAUGACUGGAGGAUAUGACAGCUUGAGUGGAGGUCACCAUGUUCCACAUAUGUCCCCCAACCCUGGCUCCACAUAUAUGGCCAGCUGCCCAGUGUCCUCCAGUGGUGACUAUGGACCAGACAGCAGUAGUAGCCCUGUCCCUUCUUCUCCUGCUAUGGCCAGUGCUAUGGAAUGUCAUUCUCCUUACACAAGUCCCACCGCUCACUGGACAUCAUCAGGGGCUUCCCCAUACCUGAAACAGCAGGCCAUGGCACCUAGCAAUGCACAUCCGCCAGUAUCCACUCAGGCAUGUCUUCCUACACCUUGGAACAGACUUACCUCCAUCAGAACAGCCGAGACGAUCUCUCAGCAGUGGGAUUGCCUCGCUACCAGCACCACUCCUCCCCUGUGUGCGACAGAAAGGAUUUUGUUCUCAAUUUUAACGGGAUUUCUUCUUUCCAUCCGUCUGCCAGUAGUUCCUACUAUCACCAUCACCAUCAUCAGAGUGUCUGCCAGGAUAUAA